AUUGGAGGGUCUCUCAAAGUGCCUCACAUCGAUAGAACGUUUUUAAAUGCUCUUCAAGAGUUUUUGAUUGCAUACGAAGAAGUCAAUUGGCGAGGUGACAUCGAGCUAUACGAUGCACAGGAUACCGACGAACACAGCAUUGUUCUAGAGAUUGGUACCAGCUCAAAAAUUAUUGGGGAUGUCUCUCAUCAUUGCGCGAGUCGAGGACAGCCCUUUGAGGAGAAUCCCUGA